AUGAAAUGGUCAGUUGAUGAAAAAUUCGAAAAAUCAGUAAAUUUAAUGAGUACUGAAUAUACUGUUGCUGGUCUUGUUGAUGGUGAAGAAUAUGAAUUUCGUGUUUCGCCUGAAAAUCUUUAUGGACAAAGUAUACUAUUGGAAUGUGAAAACCAAUUACUGCAAAAAAUCCUUAUGGCAAAUGUAUCACAAGGUUCAGCUAAUGUUGAAGUUGGAAAACAAAAAGAAAAUUCAGUGACAUUAAAAUGGGAUAAACUUAAAAUGAUGGUUGCUCAAAAUAAUGUAUGGGAAAUUGCAAAUGAUUAUUCAAUCAAAGGAAAUGAGUUUACAGUUGAUAAUCUUUCAAGAGAAAAACCAUAUGAAUUUCGUGUUAAAGCUAAAAGUGCUGCUGGUUGGGAAGAAUAUACCAAACUAGAUCGACCAGUUACAUUUAAAUCUGAUAGUGUUGCACCAUCAUCACCUGAUAUGCCUGAAGUGAAACAAGUUGGCAAAAAUUAUGUUGAAUUAGCAUGUAUAAUACCAACAAAUGAUGGUGAUUCAAAAAUAACUGGUUAUGUUGUUGAAAAACGACCAGCUGGUACUGAUCAAUGGGUUAAAGCCUCACCAUAUAUGUCAGUUGAUAAUAAUGCUGUAAUAACUGAUUUACCCGAAAAUGGUGAAGUUGAAUUUCGUGUUAAAGCAAAUAAUAAAGCUGGUGAAAGUGAACCAAGUUCAAUAAGUGGUCGAGUUAAAAUAACUGAAUAUCCAAAUGGACGAGCACCAACAUUUGUUAAAAAAUUAACAAAUACAAGUGCACUUCCUAAUGGUGAAGCAACAUUUACAAUUGAAUUUGAUGCUAAUCCAGCAUCUGAGGUUGAAUGUAGAAAAGGUCCAUUUAAAUUUCAAGUUAGAAAAGAUGAUCAAUCAUUAACUGAUGGUGAUCAUACUGAACGAGGAGAUGCCGGUAAAUAUGCAAUCAGUGUUACAAAUAAUUCAGGAUCAUGCAAUGCUCCUUUGAAAGUUAAAAUCAUUACACCACCACUUCCUCGAACUGGUCCACUUGAAAUAUCAAAUGUAUCGAAAGAUCGUGCAACACUUUCAUGGAAACCACUAAAAGAUGAUGGUGGUAGUAAAGUAACUGGUUAUGUUGUUGAACGACGUGAUACAUCAAAAGGAGCCGAUGCUUUGAUUCCAGUUACACAAGCAUGUAAAGAAACAACAUUUACUGUUCCAUCAUUACUUGAUGGACAUGAAAAUGGGACUGGUGAGCCGUUACAUUCAACAGCACCAACUACGGCUAAACUUCCAUUCAAACCACCUGGUUCAUCAGGACAACCAGAUAUUACUGGAAUGACAAAUAAUACUGUCACACUUGAUUGA